AUGUCUUCUGAAAAUGGAACUAACAAACGUCAUCAUAACCCUGUGGACAGCAUUUGCCGAAGGAUCAAGACGAUCCAGAUGAUGGACCAAGUCUCAAAUCCCGCUUUACAGAUCCCAAAGUUUCAGUCUAGGAACUUUGACAGCCCACAAACAAACAUCAAGAAAAACUUAGAGGAGAUAUUGAAGAAAAGGACAUUUAAAAGUCAUGAGAGUAGUGGGCCAUGUUUCCUAAGCCCCAAUAGUGACAAUGUUUUUUCUCCAUGUCCACAGGCCACAAGCUCCAGACGACGCAUGUCUGACUUACGCACUGGCAAUGCAACCUAUUCUAUUGGCAAAAAUAAAGAGAGGACUGGCAAGGCAUGGCUACCCAUGUGCCAAACUGAGACUUCUCCAUCUCACCUCAAAAGUGGAGAGGCUAACUUUCAUAUGGGUCCGCUAAGGGCAGUUUCUAAUAUCCAGUAUAAAGACUUGCCUAAUGAGGAUAACUACUUUACAUCAAGUCCAAAUUUGCCUUUCUUAACAACUGUCCAAAAGGCGGAAUGUUUUGCGUUCCAAUCUCCUGUGGUGAAGAGACUGUCCUUGAGUGAAAGAGGAUGGAGACUAUCAUGGGUGAAUAAAGCUGACAACACCUACGAUGUGAGCUUAAUCUGUGAAGAAGACUUGUUGACCACUAUCUUCUGUGCCUGUGACACGGAACGCAGAGGAAAAGUGGCAGUUUCCAAAAUAGUUGAUUAUCUGAGACAUACAACUAGCCGGGGGUCAGAAGACAGUGGUCUCGAAGAGCUGUGCAACAUGCUUGAUCCUGAUAAAAGGGACAUCUCGAUGGACCUGGAAACAUACCAUGCUAUCAUGAAAGAAUGGAUUGAAGACUGUAAAAGAAAAUGGGAAGAUACCUCAAAGGAGAUAACCACAAAUACAGAAGACCCUGCCUUUAAAUUGCGUGAAGGCAUUCUAACAGCAAAAAGAACUCCUGCUCAGAUAAACAUUACAUCAGGAAGUUUAGAAGCCAUAGGUGGAGAUGUGUCCAGAGGAGACCUGGAGACCUCUGACUUGAUUACCUGUGUAGCAGACCUUCAAUUCAAGAAUCAGAAACUUCAAGAGGAGAACAGAAAACUAAAGAUGACAGUUGACACACUGGAGGAAACCAAUAAUAGGCUAAUGGAGGACCAGGAGGAUCUACAUACUCAAAUAAAAAGUGCCCAGCAGUCGGUUAUGAAAGCAAAAUCAUUAAAGGAAGAACUGGAAGAAAUGAAAAUUAACCUGAACACCUCAGAAGAGAAGAGACUCAAUAUUAUGACCCAGCAUAAACAGCUAGAAAAAGAGAAUCAGUCUCUCAUCAUCAAGAUCUCCUCUCUUCAGGAAGAGGAUAUUAGGAAUGCCUUGGAUAUGGAUGGCCUUCAGAAGAAGAUUGUGGAGUUAUCCAAAAAUGCAGCUGAGCUCCAAAUGCAGGUGCAUGUUUAUGAGAACACUGUGGCGAAUAAAGAUGCAAGUCUAUUAAAGAGAGACGUGGCCAUCCAAGAACUUAAAUCUACCAUUGUGGAAUACUCCUCUGUAAUUGAGGCCUUAAGAGUGGAAAAAAAUAAACUGGUGAAUAACAUGCAACAAAUGCAGCAAGAACUCAUUUCAAAUGGCAUAUACUUCCCAUUAAUACACAGAUUUAACAGCAGCGUCCUUGAAAGGACAAAUUCAUUGCACAGUGAAUUGGAACUUGCGCAACAGUCUUCACAGGUCACUGGAAGUGAAUGGGCAGCUUUGGAUGAAACAUUGGACCGAGAGGUGCUACUGUUACUGCAAGGCCCCGAACAACUGGGAGAAACCUUCAAGGCUAUCAUCCAAAAACUGCAAGAGGAAGCCUCUGAAGCAGAAGAACUUGUUGUGACCACUUUGCAAUGGGUUGCAGAUCCUGAGGUGAAUGUGCGGGAGACUUGUGAAAGAAAGCUUGCAGACCUCAAGCAAGUGCUAGAAGAGAGGCGAAAUCACUGGAUUAAAAAUCUCCAUCUCUUAGAAGAACAUAGAGAAUCCCUGGAUAAAGAGUUUGUUAGAAUGGCAGGAAAUCUGAGGAGAUUAAGAACAGAGCAGCUUCACUUAAGGAAAGAACUCUCUUCCGGACAACAUGAGCUAGAGGCUGUCAAACAGUUGCAGGAAGAAGCUGUCAGACGGGCAGAUGCUCUUGGCUUGCAGCUCCAAGAAGCUACCAAACAAUUGGAGGAUUCCUGCAAACAGGUUGAAGAUCGAGAUGGGGCACUUCAUUCUGCCUGGGAAGAAGCCAGAUCUUUGCAGUGUGUGCUAGAGGAAGCCAUUUCUGAACAGAGAAACCUUCAGGCUAUGAAUACAGCAUUAAUGAGCUCUUGCCAGACACUUGAGGAAAAACACAAAGAACAGGAAGCCAUUGUUAAUGCACUGAGAGAGAAACUAUUUAAGGGUCUACUUUAUGGAUUGCUGUGUCAGAGUUGCAUAGAUGUGGAGUCUAUUGACUGCAAUCCACUGUGCAGUUUAAACCAAGCGACAUUUAAAGAGAAGCACUUUUUCUGCUUCGAGCGAUUUGGGGGCCGAGCAGCAGGUCAGUGCACGGAACUGCCCCAGACUCCCUCCUUGGGGUACUCAUGCUGGUAUUCCACACCUCUGCUAGAUGCUCUGGCCUUGGAAAUACUACACCUGAAUCGAGGAGUGCACACAAGUAGUGAUCUCACAUGUGUAGCAACCAGAUCUCAAUCUAGGCUUGAAAAAGAGGAUCUGAAAAAUGGGUCUACUCUGGACAUGAUGCUGGAGGAACACAAGUGGAAGAUACGCUCUGUUGGUAACCAGACUCUCACAGACUUUGUUGCUUCCUCUGCUACAAUGGACACUCUAUUUACUGAGGAUAGUGAUGCUUGUCCUUUGACAUCGGAUAACACAGGCUUGUCCAGUGAACCUUCAACAUCAUCCCAAGAAGAAGCUAUUACAUCCUCUUCGGAGAGCCUCUUGUCAACUGAAUUGCUUCCUGGGGAGACACACUUGUGUGAGGCUUCUUGGGCAAAAGAUGAAGACACACCAGCCACUUUAGCCGUGAAGAAACCGGAUGAUAAGGAUCUGGAUGAUGAUGUAUCAGGUACUGAUCUGACUAACAAAAGGGAUUUUUGCCCCAUCAUGGAACAUCAUAAAACUACACCUGACACAGAACUAAAGCUAGAGCCGGAGAUCAAUGGGGAAAUGAAAGCUUCUAAACAGCAGACUGGACAAGGGUCUGCUAUAGUUUCUGAUAAAGUGGGAGAAGAAUUCCCUGUGACUGGCCUUAAAAUGACUAAAACCAAACAAAAUGACAACAUUUCUUCUAACGAAAAAGAGGUGGAGGCGGAGUUUCUCAGAUUGUCUCUGGGCUUUAAAUGCGACUUGUUCACCUUGGAUAAGCGAGUGAGGCUUGAAGAAAGGUCCCGAGACUUGGCUGAAGAAAACUUGAAAAAGGAGAUUGUGAAUGGGAUGAAACUGCUGGAGCAAGCACAGGAGAUCAUUAAGAAGCUGCAGAAAAGCUUGCAGUCCCUUAGUCAGUAUGCUGCCAGAGUUGCUAGUAGAGCAGAGAUGUUGGGAGCCAUUAACCAGGAGAGCCGGGUCAGUAAGGCUGUAGAAGUGAUGAUUCAACAUGUGGAAAACUUGAAACGCAUGUAUACAAAAGAACAUGCAGAACUUGAGGAGUUAAAACAGGUCCUGCUCCAAAAUGAAAGAUGCUUUAGCUCUUUUGGGGAUCAAGAUGAAUCUGCAAAUAAAAAGCUUCCAAGUUCUCUCAAUUUCAAGCCACAAUCAUCCCUACGAAGAGUCAGUAUUGCAGCAGUGCCAAGGAAUACUGGAAAUGCUGGUUUUAGUUUGCAGCUGGCCCAGUUGCAUGGAACAGAUGGAAAAGAAAGAAGUGACAAAAAUAGACGGUCAAGCAGUUGGGGUCGACUGGGAUCAAAACAACAUGAGAAGCGUCCUUCAUUGCAGCGAUUCAUUAGCACAUAUUCCUGGACAGAAUCUGAGGAAGAACAGUUUGAAACAAAAACCAAACAGGCAGAACCACCAAUUGAAGAAAUACGAGAAGAGAAAGCAAAGAAGCUAAGUGUUACUGAAAGGGGGAAAAAUCCAUCAAAAUGGAGUCUAGGAUCAGCCUGCAACAGGAUGUCGUCAUGGACCUCUCAUCUGAAGACUUCCUUCUCCAAAGCUAAUAAAACUCUCUGGAUUUCUCUUACCAUCAUCGUACUACUUGCUGCACUCACAAGCUUCCUCACAGGCCUGUCCCUCCAAAGACCUGCAGAUGCUGCUCCUGUGGGAACUGGGGAUUCCUGGAAAUCACUACAACAACUGCUGUGGCCAUAUACUAAACUUCAACACAAUGGCCCACCACCUGUGUAACACAAUCUGUAUUUUAGUUUGUAAAGUCUUCCCCUCCCCAACCCUGGACUUCCUGUUUUGUGUGUGUGUGUGUACAGCUCAAGUGUAGAAUUACAUAUACUACCUUUCUAAUAUGAUUUGAGAGUUAAAACUUCAAAACAAAUGGUUUUAAACUAUCAUUGAAAGUUGUUAAAUAUCGUCUAAAAAAAUUACGAAGCCCAAUCUGGAAAUACAAAUGCAAAUUCCCCCUCUGACAACUAAAGACUGUCUUAAUCCUGUUAAAGAUUCAAAGAAAGAUUUGUAAU